AUGCUCUCGAAAGAAGAGAUGUCUCGCCAUCGAGGCUACUGCCAUCUCCCCCGGCAGGCCAUCCUCGAAGACAGGCUGCUGUACCUACUCGGACUGGACACGCACGCAGGCGAGGAAGAGGCCACGAAUCUUCUGAGACGACAUGGGUUCAACAACCGUACUUUCUACUGGGAUGACUUAAACCCCCUUUUCCAGUUGUCAACCAAGCACAUGGGAUGCUGCAUCGUCGAGUUUCCUGACAGCCCCACGCGGGAUUGCGCCAUGACUCGACUCCAGGGCGUCGAGUUCAAGUCGGGGCGAGUUGUCACACGCCUGCCUCGAAGAGAUGAUAAAAAUGAGCAACAUGACCCGUCCUCUUCCUCAGUGAUACCCGCCGCACCGGCAGCCUCCACCCCCUCUGCCAACACUGCGAAGUUUGAAGGUCAAUACCCUGAGGCCUACACCUGGGGCGGGGGACGAAGCGCAGAGUUGAUCAGAAAUGCCGUCAUCGAGAAGUUCAAGCAGCUUGAAGAGGAGUCGAAGGCUCAGGGUCGACCCAUCUCUUAUGUUGCGAAGGAUAAGGAUGGCGUCGAACGCAUCCGCUCCACAAGGACUUCCUCACCCGCCCCGUUCGACGCCAAUGCCUGGCCCAAGAUGUGGAUUGAGGCCACAAAGGUUCAAGCCGGGAAGAGGGAAGUUCAAAAGAUCACUGUGGAAGAGCUUCCCCGUUACGAGGCCAUUGGCUGGGAGGAAUGGCACAAGGCAGCACGACCUACAGAGGGAGACAUUGAUAAGGGUUUGCUUCUGUUCAACGCACUCAGGCACGCACGGCUCCACCGCCGAACCAGGUGA